UGAGACAAAUGCUUCUGAAAUGCCUUUCGGUACUGUAAUCCCGUGGAUCAUAGUACACUACAUAUUACAAAGAGAGGAGGAUCAAGGAAGAGCAAGAAUAGAUAACGACAAAGUUGUGAGUGAUGAAGAUGUUCCUAACCCAUUAAUGGUAUUAUUCAUUGCACAUGAACAACUGGGGAAGAGAGGCUGGUGUUGUAAGUCUGAAGGCAAACUGCUGUACUUUACUUUAGACACAGUAGUUCCAAGGUUGCGUUCACCAUCAUUGGCUAAAUCUUUAGAGCAGGUUGUGCAAUAUAUGGAGCAGUGUGUGUUUUGUUUGUUUGGGCAUCCUGGAAAGAAAAACAAAUUGAAAUACCUUGUAGAUCAUAAUGUACCACCUUAUACUCUAGAUUGGAAGAGAGCGCAGCAGUUGUAUGAGAUAUUCAGACCUCCAACAUUGCCUGCACUGGAGGGCAAGUUGCCCGGCAUCACUGCUGACACUGAGCAGUUAUUCCAUAAAAUACUUGCUCUGCUUCCCCCGGAAUGUGAUCCUCAGAAAUACCUUCCAGACAUCGAGAGAUACAUUAAAGGUCUGGACGAUAAAAUGCCUCACGCUCCAUCUCUACUACCAUAUAAAAUGAAGGAUAUUUACUUUUUGUUGGGAGACUAUUAUUACAAAAGAGAAGAAGGCAAGUUAGGAAUAAAGUUUAACAUGCUAGACGUUGCUCUGAAUAACGACAGAGUGGAAUCAUGGGCACGUAUAUCUCUCGCCAAAAGUGUAAAUUUAGAAAGAAUGUUGAAUUCCUGUAAAAAUCUCAAUCAUGAAAGAGAAUUUCUAAACCCCGCAAAAUCAGUGAUACGAUGUUACAAGAGAUGUAUGGAGCUGGAUCCUACCAACUGCGAUAUGUGGACAGAAUAUGGCAUGUUCGCGUAUUACGUACACUCGUUCUGUUCUCGAGUCUUGAAACAAGCGAGUGAAUCUCUAAGCAUGGAAGAUUUUGAGUCUUUAGAAAAACUGAAUGAAGACAUGUUAGAUAUUACACAUAAAAGCUUCAUUACCGUGCAGAAUCAACUUAACAAUAGUUCGGAGUCCGACAAAAUAAAUGAUGAGUCGUGGCUACACUUCUAUAUGUUAGGGAAAGUGAGUGAGAAACGUAACAAUCCACCUUCAGUAUAUUUAGAUUACUAUAUGAAAUCCGUAAAAAGUUUACAAGAAAGUAACGCAACGUACCCUUCGAAGAUUAAUUACAAUACGCCAACACACUUAUGUGUAGAAGUAUUAGAGUUACACUACCGGAUCCACGCAUCGAUAUUGAAGUAUAUAGAACAACACGAGAGCAAACCAAUACCUGCAUCAGUAGGCAAGGUACUCUCCACGUGUAUUGAAGACUGGAAAAAAGGUCCGUUUACAAGAAAGCCUAAAAAGGACGGUCCUGUAGAAAUGGAAACGAAUACCGAACCCAAACCUGCGGAACCUGUUCACGCAGCUAAUAUUCUCAAACGGUCUAUUAGCGACGCUGGUGAAGAAGAAUCUCAUGAAGCUAAAAGACUAAAGAUGGAAGCAGCGGCAGCUAAAGUUAGGCGGUCAGCUUCGUAUGACACUGAAAGAAAAUCUAAAGAACCGAUUAAACAGAGUUUAGAAGUCACUGAAACAAAAACAAUUGAGACCACGGAGGAGAAGAAACAGGACGUUACAAGCGAGAAUUUGCCACAGACUACUCUCCCGCCGCCGCCAACACCAACAGAACCUACCAAAGAAGUAACACCUGAGAUAGAAAAACAUUCAGAAGAGAAAAAAGAUGAAACGGAUGGUGAGAAGAAGGAGGAUAGUUCAAGUAGCACAUCUUCUUCAUCGUCGUCGUCAGAUUCCAGUUCGAGUGAAACAUCAUCGGACAGCAGCAGCGACUCUACUACCGACAGUGACGCAUCCAAGUCGUCGAAUGACGCUAAACCAAUGGUAGAUGAUGAGAUCAUGAAGAUAGUGUCAGCCUGUUUAGACGCGCUGGAAGACUGCGCCAGCCGGUUCCCACCACAUUAUAAGGCCAUUUACAGACUCGCCCAUUAUCACUUUUAUUAUAAAAAGGGUAAAGAUAUCGAAAGAUGUCGAGAUCUCAUGUUAUCCAAUUUCACUUCAAGAUCUGGUCACAAAAUGGGAGGAUUAUUCAGUGAAAGGAAACCCUCUAACUUUUUUAAUAAUAUAUGGAGAAUACAGAUUGCAGAGGUUGACAGGCCAGGUAGCUUCACAUUGCACAUGAAUCGAUCUGUACUCCUCACAAUGGAGAUAUUGAAAGAAAUAGACGAUCACAAAACACUUUUGGAACUCAGUAUUGUUUUACAGAAGAUACCAGAACUUGACAAAAAGUAUGUGCGCGACUCUGAUAGAGAGGAACUGUCUCAGCAAGCAUUCUCACUGUGCGUACAAUCUUUGAAAGGACAACUGAUCAAAUUCAGCCAACAAGCUGAUUUGAAGAUCAACGAGGUGGAGCGGCAAGCUCUUAACAGUUUUAUGUUGGAUAUUUACAGAGCUUAUUUAAAAGUCCAGAAACAACCGAAUGCUAAACAAUUCACGAACUUAAUAGUUGAGGGUUACAAGUUGCUUAGAAAUGAUCCCAUCCCGGAGAAUAUUAAUGCAGUUGAUUUAAGUUUGAAAUACUGUCAUAAGAUGCUUCUCAAAAUUAAGAGUGACGCCAUGAUGGCUAGUGUGGAUAAAAGUCAGAAUGCUCAGAAGAAACAAGCUGCUAAGGCUGCUGUUGCCGAGACUUCAAAAGCUCCCGCUCCAAGCGUGCCAAGAGUUGAAAGUCUACCAAAGCCGGAGCAGAAAGCACCACCACCUUCAACUUCUGCGGCGAGCUCGAGUUUACCAAAAAUGUCGCCGCAUGAAAUGGCCGCCGCUUUCCAGAGCUACUUGCCGAUGUUGAACGACCCUGUACUGUCACAGCAGACGGCAGCCGCCUUGUCUUUGUCCUACUUAUCGAACAUGAGCGUUUUUAGCGCAUACCCGUCAUUACAGAACACGUUACAGAAUACUCUGCAGAAUUCUUUCCAAGCCGAGUUCUACCGUCAGUUCUUAGGGCAGAGCUUCCCGUCCUUUAUGCCGCCUGCAAAGAAACAGAAACGUGGCCCUAAGCCGGGUUCCGUGCGGUCUACCAACCCACAGAUGAAGACUUCCAAGUCGUUCACUGCGCCUACAAUGCCUUCGACUAGUAAAGCUAUUCCGACGCCCGUAAUAAGUUCUUUGCAGAAGUCUAACUCUACACCCAUGACUCCCAGUAUGGGGUCAGUGCUGCAGAACUUGCCAGCCUCGAUGUCGGCCAACCUAACUUCAUUUCCGACUCACUCUUCGUCACACUCGACUCACUCUAUGCCGGCGCAGGCGCACAUGUCUACAGCGUCCACUGUGAACGCGGCGAUACAUACAAAGCCGCCGAUGCCACACCAGCAAGUCAGUCCGGGGAAGACUCUGCAAGAGAAACUGGCGGAGCGUCAGAAGCAUCUCCCUAUUUCUAAGAAUCAUGAGAUCAAUGCAUCUAUUAGUAAGCUGCCUUCCUCUCUCACUAUAACUAAGACCUCAGUACCUAAACCCGCGCCUAAGAAGCCGGAAGCUAAGAAACAGCUGCCGUUUACUGAGAGACCCAAACCCAUCACGUCGGACGAGGUCAUUGUACUCGAUGAUGAUUAAAUUAUGAUUAUUUAUAUCUAAAG